AUGCUGAGAAAAGUUAAGACAGGGAUCCUUGGAGCAGAGUGGCAAGCUUCACUGGAAAGGUCACGGGUAAUGAGCAUACUUUGGAUCUUUUCUCCAGGCUAUACCGGCAUGGUGGGUUAUGAACAGCCGUGGCCACUGCCCAGACUCUACCAGCCAACCACCACGGUACUAGAGCUGGAUGUAGAGAACUUCCAGUUUCAGACCCGUGGUCCAGGCUGCCCAUUGCUGACCGCCGCCUUCUCCAGGUACUACCAGCUGACCUUUGAUGACUUGACGGUGGCACCAACUCCUGUCCUACAAGCCAGGGAAGUCUGGGGAGCUCUGCGAGGUUUGGAAACAUUUAGUCAGCUGGUCUAUCGCUUGGAUACAGGGGAAUUUGUGGUCAACCAGACUUUUAUUCAAGAUUCACCUCGUUUUGCUCACCGAGGACUUUUGCUGGAUACAUCUCGUCACUUUUUAUCAAAGCAUGUACUUCUACAGAAUCUUGAUGCCAUGGCACAGAACAAGCUAAACGUCUUCCACUGGCACAUUGUUGAUGACCAGUCUUUUCCGUACGUCAGCCAGACAUUCGCAGAUCUCAGCCUUCAGGGCGCCUAUAACCCACAGAGCCACGUGUACACACCAUCCGAUGUGGCAGAGGUGAUUGAGUAUGCACGUAUUUUGGGCAUUCGAACGCUGGUAGAGUUUGAUUCACCAGUUCUGUUGUGUUGGUAUAGUGGGAUUAUGAAGUCCAACCCGGCAGUGCAGCAGUUUAUGUUACAGAAGGGUUUUGGUACAGACUAUGCCCAACUGGAGCAGUACUACAUGCAGAAUCUCCUGGACAUUGUUGGAGGUCUAGAUAAAGGUUACAUCAUUUGGCAGGAGGUCAUAGAUAAUGGUGUCAAGGUUCGACCAGACACCGUUGUUCAUGUGUGGAAGGAUGGAUGGCAGAAGGAGAUGAACAAUGUCACAGCUCAAGGAUACAAGACUCUGCUGUCCUCAUGCUGGUACUUGAACUACAUUGCCUACGGUGAUGACUGGGUGUCCUAUUACAACUGUGAGCCACUCAACUUCAAUGGCACGGAGCAGCAGAAGUCGCUGGUGGUGGGGGGUGAGGCCUGUAUGUGGGGGGAGUACGUGGACAACACAAAUCUCAUCUCCAGGACAUGGCCCCGAGCGUCAGCUGUAGCAGAACGUCUGUGGAGUCCAGCCAGUGUCAACGAUUACCGUACGGCCACUGCCCGCUUCUCUGAGAACAGGUGUCGCUUGGUCAGGCGAGGACUUGCCGCAGAAGAUGUUGUUGGGCCAGGAUUUUGUGACACUGAAUAUCUUAAUUGA